UCUGCCAUAAAAUAGGUCCACAUUGGCAAUUACAACACAACAAUAAAAAAUACAAAUAAAUAAAACAAACGUUGGGAUGAAUGAAGUUUAGAGGCGAUCAGCAGAAAUGCUUGAAGGAUGCUGUUAAAAUACAAAGGAUGGAGACUGGUCGGCAGGAUGGCCCUGUCAUCAGACAACAAGGCUCUGGUCCUGGGUGUGUUGGCUGGAGCGGCUGGCCUCAGCCUGGGCGCUGUGGUGUUGUACAACAGCAGGAGGGCCGUGCCAAAGAGUGGACAUAGUGUGCAUAGUAAGCUGUACCUCAGCAGUAAUGACCAGCGGGUAGCUGGAGACAGUAUGGUGGUGGGGGGAGGAAACAGCCUGCCGGGUCAGGCUGAGGUUCUAGAUCGUCUCGCAGCCCUGAUCCAGUGUGUGUCAGAGCUGAAAGAUGAGGCGCGGGCCCUAAAGAGUGCCAUCCCAAAGCUGCAGGACCACGUGAGGGAUGAGCUGAGAGGACACAGCGGCUGGGCUGAGGGGGCUGUGGCUUGCAUAAGGGCAGGCCCGCCAAACCGAGUUACACCCACACGCAGGAGGAAAAUUGCAGGGGGAGUGGCCAGAGCUGGAGGCCAAAGCUCUGAGGAGGGGACUGAGAGCGAAGGAGGGUACAUAACAGCUUUAAUGGACUCUGCGGAAGAAGAGCAGAGUGAGGCUGAGGAGGGUCAGAGUCUGGAUGAAGUGACUGUGAUCGAGCCUCUGGAUGAGUUCUCAGCCCUCCUGGAGAGGUUGGACGCUCUACACAACGGCAGCGAUGGAGACAAGAGGGAGUGCCUCCGCACCAUGCUGGAUAAGAGGGAGGAGUUUGGACAGAACACUACAUUCUUAUGGCGACUAGUUCGGGCCUACGUGGAUGUUCAUGACAUCACUACCAACCUAGAGCAGAAGAAGACCCAUGCAGAGACUGGUAAGAAAGUUGGAGAGGAAGCCGUAAAGCUGAACCUAAUGUGUGCCGAAAGUCAUCAGUGGUACGCCAUAAUGUGUGGAAUCAUGACAGAGUAUGAGACUGUGCAGAACAGGAUAAAGAAUGGCUACAUCUUCAAAGAUCAUUUGGAUAAGGCCAUCGAGCUGAAACCACAGGAUCCUAUGUCUUACUACCUGCUGGGCCGCUGGUGCUAUGCUGUGGCUCAGUUGUCGUGGAUUGAGAGGAAAGUUGCUGCUACAUUGUUUGGAGAGCCUCCAAGUGCCACGGUACAAGAUGCUCUGAAGAACUUCCUCAAGGUGGAGGAGAUCAGUCCCAAGUACUCCAAAUUAAACUUUGUGUUUUUAGCCAAGUGCUACAGAGACCUGGGGCAAAAAGGUCAGGCCAGGAAGAUGUGUGAUGCUGCUACUUCCAUUCAAACCAUUUCCAAAGAGGAUGAGGAGGCACAAAAGGAGCUGGACUCCCUUCUCUCUGCACUAGGUGUUAAUUGAAGACAUUGUGGAAUGGCUCCAUCCUCUUGCUAGGGAGAAACCCAGGAUCCUCCUCACUGGACGGAAUCCAUGUCUUCCUUGAUUACUGUUGGGACGGUAUUUUCUUAGUGCUAAUGCUCUCUGGGAUUGGAGAUGACUGGAUCCUCUGUAGCUCAAUUGGUAGUGCAUGGUGCUUGUAACGCCAGGGUAGAGGGUUCGAUCCCCGGGACCACCC